AGUACAGCUCAGAGGAUUACAGGGAGGCGGUGACCUAAUCGCCGUCGCGAGGCGGGGCGAACCGCUGCAACUUUGGAUGAACUUCUGAUUUGAACAAACCGAGAGGCGGUCGGCGGAGUGCUCGGACAGCAAGCGAUACAAAGGUGAAAAGCAGCGGAGGUUUUCUGCUACGAAGCUUUGACAGCCGGUUCACUUUACAGCAGUUCUGUGUCUCGGUCUGUGUGCGCGCCGCCGAAUGACCAGCGAGAGCGUUAUUUUUCAUGUCGAAAAGGUGGAAAUUGAUAAAGGUUUUCUGUACAGCUUUCAGGCUGUGUCAUCUGCACUUCACUGGUGUUGACGAGAUACCGGGAUCAACAUUGCCGAGUUCCAGAUAGAAAGAGUCCCCUGUCACCUGAUUCCUAAGCAGACUGCUUGUAAGAGUCUUCAACAAUAAAAGUUGGCCAUCAACUAAUUUCUCUUCAUCAAGACUCACUACUGUAGAGCACUAAAUGUCCCUUAGCCUCUUGAAUCACUUCACUCAGUGGCCGUUAUGUUGACCCGAAUCUAAUCUCAUUAGCACCCCAUCCUUACCUUUCCCUUCCAUAUCCCCUCCCAACACCAUUUCCCGACUCCGUCAUGACCAGUCUGAAGCGCUCUCAAACAGAGCGCUCAGUUGGGGGCUCGGUGUCGGCUACCGAUGAGUUCUACACUCGUCGUCUGCGACUGCCUAAUGGAGGGGCACCACCACCUCGCAGUGAGAGCGCCCACAUCUCCUCUUCUUCAACCACGGGCACCAACCCUGGCGUCCCAAAGAUGGGGGUUCGGGCUCGCGUAGCUGACUGGCCACCAAGAAAAGAUGGGGGAGGAGGGGGUGUUUGGCACAUCACUGUGGAAACAGACUCACCCAGCUCUACCAACACCACUAGCUCUUCAGGGUCAGGAAGUGGAGAUAGAGAAAGACUUGAAAGAGGGGGAGGCGGUGGUGGAGGUGGUGGUAGUGGUGGGAGUGGAGGAGGGGGGGUGUCAGCCGUCACAGCCCAUAGCAAUCUGUCAGCCAAGCUGGGUCACCUGAUAAGCCCACAGGACUCAUCCAUGCUGCGCAACAUCCACAACACACUAAAGAGCAAGAUGCAAAGCAAGGGGAAGGACAAUCGCUUCCUGUCACCGGAUGGCUAUCUGGGUUCCCCUCGCAAGGGCAUGAGACGCAUCCGCCAACGCAGUAACAGUGAUAUAACUAUCAGUGAGCUCGACGGGGAUGGGAACGAGGGCUGGUCGUUCUCCGGGUGGACACCCAUGCACCGGGAAUAUGGCAGCACUUCAUCUAUAGACAAGCAUGGUGUGUCAGGAGAGAGCUUCUUUGAUAUGCUAAAGGGAUACCACUCCGCUGAGGCCCCGGAUCAGCGAAGCCCAGCUCCAGAAAGGCUAACAGAACUCCUUACUGUUGCUCCCAUAAAACAGGCUGCUCUGGAUCUGCCAGAUGGACCUUUGGGUCCAGCCAGAGGUAGUCCAGCCAGUCGGCUGAAGGAACGAGAGAAGCAUUUGAAGAGAAGGUCAAAGUCAGAAACAGGUGGAGAGUCGAUCUUCCGUAAGCUGCGCAGUGUAAAGGUGGAGGGUGACACAUCAAGGGCUGGCUCGGAUGCUGAAGAUGGUGGGAAAGGGGAUGAGAGUGGACCACCUCCCAAACCUUGGGCGUGCCAAAAGGGAUUUGCCCAUUUUGAUGUUCAGUCUCUACUCUUUGACCUCAAUGAGGCGAUUCAAAGUCGGCAAUCUGGAGCCAAACGCAAAAACACCACUACUGGUGCCUCCGCUGCAGCUGCCGCCUCUGCUUCGGCCUCGUCCUCUCUUUCGUCUAAUCAGAGUGGAGUGUAUGGGUCACCUUGUGGCUCCCAAGAAGAGCUAAGCAAGGAGGGGAUAGGAGGCGGUACCAACCCUGCCUUGGACCCUGGCGAUGAUAAGAGCAAUGAUUUGGUUCUUAGCUGCCCUUGUUUCAGGAAUGAGAUUGGUGGAGAGGGGGAAAGGAACAUUUCUCCUGUUAAACAGCAGGGAAGCAUAGGAAGCGGUGGGAGCUCAAGCAAUUCCUCUGGCAGUACAGAAGAAGGCCCUUUGGAUGCCACCCUUACUACCCAUUUUACCAAUGCAGGUGUGGCUGUGUUGGAGGCUUCCAAGGACGGGCCUAGUCAACAUGCCGACAGGUCCAAACGAUACAUUGUGGAACAUGUUGACCUUGGUGCCUAUUACUACCGAAAGUACUUUUAUCUCAGAGAGCACUGGAAUUACCUGGGGGUAGAUGAGAAUCUGGGCCCUGUGGCGGUGAGUCUGAGAAGGGAGAAGCUGGAGGAACACAAAGACCAUGGACAGCAGUACAACUACAGGGUCAUUUUCAGAACGAGUGAGCUGAAUACUCUGCGGGGUUCCAUCCUGGAAGAUGCUGUACCUUCGACGUCCAAGCAUGGUCUAGGUCGAGGCCUGCCCCUCAAAGAAGUGCUGGAGUACCUCGUGCCUGAGCUCAAUGUUCACUGCUUACGCCUGGCACUCAACACACCCAAGGUCACUGAGCAGCUGAUGAAGCUGGACGAGCAGGGGCUGAGUUUUCAGCGAAAGGUGGGGGUGAUGUACUGCAUGGCGGGUCAGAGUAGCGAGGAGGAGAUGUACAACAACGAAGCGGCUGGGCCUGCACUAGAGGAGUUCCUCCAUCUGCUGGGCGAGAGGGUUCGUCUUAAAGGCUUCACCAAGUAUCGAGCUCAGCUGGACACAAAGACUGACUCAACUGGCACCCACUCGUUGUAUACUACUCACAAGGAUUAUGAGAUCAUGUUCCACGUAUCCACCAUGCUGCCCUACACACCCAACAAUAAGCAACAGUUGCUGCGGAAGCGACAUAUUGGGAACGAUAUCGUCACGAUUGUGUUCCAGGAACCCGGGGCGCUCCCCUUCACUCCUAAAAACAUCCGCUCACACUUUCAGCACGUCUUUGUGAUUGUGCGAGCACAUCACCCUUGCUCCGAAAACACCUCCUACAGUGUGGCCGUCACCCGCUCCAAAGAUGUACCCUCUUUCGGCCCCCCUAUCCCAGAGGGCGUGACGUUCCCCAAGUCAUCGGUGUUCCGGGACUUCCUGCUGGCCAAGGUCAUCAAUGCGGAAAAUGCUGCCCACAAAUCACACAAGUUCCGAGCCAUGGCCACACGAACGCGGCAGGAGUAUCUGCGCGACCUGGCUGAGCGGCACACCACCAACACCCCGAUUGACCCCUCUGGGAAGUUCCCUUUCAUCUCGCUUGCCCACAAAAAGAAAGAGAAGACCCGGCCAUAUGAAGGGGCAGAGCUGCGCAGUCUUGGGGCGGUGACCUGGCCAGUCCAUGCUGAGGAUCAUGGGAGUGGAGGAGAAAUGGAGGCCCUGCUGGCCAUUUCCAAUGACUUUUUAAUCCUGUUGGACCAGGAGGCCAAGGCUGUGGUGUUUAACUGUGCCACUAAGGAUGUGAUUGGCUGGACGCUUAGCAGCCCCGCGUCUUUGAAGAUUUUCUACGAGCGGGGUGAAAGCGUGUCUCUGAGGAGUAUCAGUAAUAAUACAGAAGACUUCAAAGAGGUGGUCAAACGUCUAGAGUUCCUGACUAAAGGCUGUGAGACAUCAGAGAUGACGCUUCGUCGAAAUGGCCUGGGACAGCUCGGCUUCCACGUGAACUAUGAAGGCAUCGUAGCUGAGGUGGAGCCAUACGGCUACGCUUGGCAGGCAGGACUGCGGCAGGGAAGUCGUUUGGUGGAAAUCUGCAAGGUUGCUGUUGCAUCUCUGACCCAUGAGCAGAUGAUUGACCUCUUGCGGACUUCGGUGACAGUGCGCGUUGUUAUCAUCCCGCCACAUGAUGACGCCACUCCACGCAGGGGCUGUUCAGAGCUCUAUCGGGUGCCUGUGUCAGAGUACAAGGGCAGCAGCAGCGACAGCGGUUCCUUUGAGUACAAAUUCCCCUUCCGCAGCAACAAUAACAAGUGGCAGAGGACAUCAAGCAGCCCUCAGCAAUCGCUGACUGCCUCGCCACAGCCCCACACACCCAACCGAGCCAUCAGCCUCGGUAGCUCAGUGGGAAAGACGCUGUCAGCCGAGAGGCUGGAGAGGGGUGGUGUCAUCCCACGGAGCGUUAGCAGCGAUGGACGACCUCUAGACACCAAGAGGAUGUCUCCAGGCAGUGAGAGCUAUAGCCUGGCCUCAUCUUUGGCGCUAGGCCGUUCCCCUCAUAACCGCAGCUCUCCCAGCAACCUGUCCUGUUCCAGCGACGCCUCUGGGAGCUCUGUUCACUGGAGACAGAAGUCCAUGCCUGAGCAAUUUGCAAGCAAUCGCCACUCUCCUAUGUCUGGGGAGAGACGAGAGGUGGCUGGAGAGAGCGGGUCAGGUGGAAAGUCCUCUUCCAGUUGGUCUAGGAUGGAUGAAGGGGGAGGAGCCGAACGCGGGUCAACAGAGGCGCCAGUCUCGAAGUCUGGUCAAGGAUACUCGGGAGCUCCUCGUAUCCAGAGGCAAGAGCAAGUCAUCCACCUGUCCCCGAAGAAGGGCAGCCAGUCGGAUGGCCCUUACUCUGGUCACUCCAGUAGUAACACACUAUCCAGCACUACGUCCAGUGGGGGCCACAGCGACAGCGACAAAUGGUAUGAUAUGGGGACUGGUGGGGGCUCCAGUGGUGACCAGGGUGACCCAGAACCCAAUGGCCUGGGAGGAGGUGGUUACCUCCAGGGCGCCUCGGCCGACAGCGGCAUCGACAGCGGCUCUUUUGGAGCCUCUCACCACCCCCACCCCCACUCUCACCACGGCAGCACCACCUCGCUGCUGGCUCCCAGUGGAGGCAGAGACAGCAGGGAGAGGUCAGCGUCCCCAUGGCACAGUCCAACCGAGGGAGGCCGCAGGAUGCUCGAGAGGUCGCCUGCUGCUGCAGAGUCCCCUGGCCCUCCAGGAGAGAGAAGCAUGGAUGGAACAGGUCGAAGUCCACCUACUCACCUCCUUGUUAGAGACAGCAGCACCUACAGCCUGAGUGACACUGGAUCUCACUCAAGUGCUCGCCACUCGGGCCACAGCUCUCCCAGAGAGGAGUCGUCCUCUUCGGCAACCUCCCCUUCAUCUCAGUCCUCAGUGUCCCCUGGGCCCAAGAGCUUCUACCCGCGCCAAGGAGCUCAGUCCAAGUACCUGAUUGGUUGGAGGAAGCCCGGCUCCACCAUCAAUUCUGUCGACUUUGGAGACACGCGCAACCAGAAGUCGCCGCCAGAGCAGCCUCUCAGCCGCCGUCGCUCGCUCCAUCGCACUCUAUCAGAUGAGAGCAUUUAUCGUGGCCAGCGCCUUCCCUCGUUGAGCGACACCAUUCCUGAACCGGCUCUCGGCGCUGACGUUCUCUUCAGCUGCUCCACCCUUCCACGUUCGCCCACCACUCGUGGCGUGCCCCUUAGACGGCCUUCCUAUAAGCUGGGAGUCAAACUGCACGGUGACCUUUCGGCAUCUGACACAUCAUUGGUGGAUUUGGUGGAGCGUCAUCGUGGACCUCUCCCUCAGGAGCUCAUGCCCCUCCCCUCUUCAGACAGAGACAGUCCCCUCGAAUGGACACACCUGGUGGACGUGGCCAAUACCUUUGAGAAUGAGCGAAACACACAUUAUGUCCAGAGAAGUUUUGUUUUUGGUGACUCAAACCACCGGAGCGGCGGCGCCUCCAGUCCACAGCAGUCUCACAUAGAGCUGAAGCCUGUUCCACUGUCACGGCCCUCGUCUAGUGAGGGACAUAUAGGGCUGGAGAGGAAAGUGACUAAGCUGGAGGCCAUGGUGAAGAUGCUUCAGGAGGACCUGAAGAAGGAGCGGGAAGAAAAGGUGAGGCUUCAGGCUCAGAUCAAGAGACUCUGGGAGGACAACCAGAGACUGCAGGAGGAGUCCCAGACCUCUGCUGCCAAGCUCAAGAAGUUCACCGAGUGGGUCUUCAACACCAUCGACAUGAACUGACUCCCACCUCCACAUUUUAACCUACACACAUGCACACAAAUGCAAACAUGAGCGCACACACACGCACACACACUCUGGAUAAAGAGGCAGAGGAGGAUCGACACUCACGAGGAAACAGGAGAUUGUUGUUGUUGGACUUGAAUUAUCCUGAUGCUGAAUCCGUCAACCAUCUUCCAUUGGCUUCAGCCAUCAGUGGGUAAUGCCGUCGACCAGUCUCGGUCUCUCCUCGCAGACCCUCUGUUAAACUUAGGAAGAUGACACUCAAGAAAAUGGGUGUCAUUCUCACCUAUGAGAGCUGUUGAAUUUGUCUUUCUCUCGUGUGACAAAAUCUCUUUUCGUAAAUUGCCGACAAGGAGAAAGCACUUCACACCCUCCACCUUCUAAAGAAGUCAACUUUGCCUCUUGCGGUUGUUCCAGCGGUGCACGCAAAGAAGCUCCGCCUCCUAUCUGUAGAUUUUGUUCCACGUGGACGUGCUUCUCUUUUUAGAACAUUUAUUCUUGUUUUUUUUUUUUUAAUAUUUUUUCCCAGCAAGUCUUUUUAAAUGAUGCCCAGCUGCUCUAAAAGGGGACUCGAGUCCUUUAUGCCAAAUCUCAGCUGCCACAGGAUGGGUGGGGUGGGGUUAUAGAGACACCAAGGUGAUUUGAAUGAAAGUCUCUUAAAAAUGGUCCCGCAAAGUCAAGACGGGUCCAGCUACUGGAACACAAAUGACCGCAUGCAAACACACAUACAGAAACGAUCAAUAUGAAACCACAAGAGCAGAGGACACAUGAGAGGUUUUCACUUCGUUCACACUUGCCUGCCCUCCCCUCGAAGGCUGAAACCACCGGACGGUCGCUCUGGCUGUUCGACCGCAGCCACCCACACGGAAACAGGUCACUCUGCUUCAGCACAGGAGGGAUUUGUACAGUUUCUCUUUUUCUUUCUCUCUCUCGAUCUCACUUUCUCUCUUCUGUGUCAGUCAAAUCUGGAUUACAACAUCCUUUCUGUCUUCACAGCACAAACCUGACAGAGGGGGAUAUUUAAAAGCCAUCGGCAAGCGAUGCCACUUAAAAAAAAAAACAACAACAACAACAAAAAAACAAAAAAUACAAAAAAAACCCAGGACUGAUCCGUAGUGCUUUGGUCCCUCCCAAUUAUAUGUGUCUUAAAAGCAAUAGGAAGAAGUCAGGACUGUCUUAAGAGACGCCUCAAGUGGGAAAAGAUGAUUUGGAGCUUACAAGGCUGCCGAUUUGUGCUGCACAAGAGCCUUUAUCCUUUCCCACUGAACUGUGAGGGGGGAAAAGGAAAGUGAGAACUCUAAACAUCAUCCCACUGUCUGCAGAGACAGCUGCUGAUUAAAAGUGACAGAGACAUUAAUGAGAUGGAAAAGUUGGAAUGUUGUUUUUUCCUCCCCCAGGUUUAUUUAUUUCCUUGUAUUAUAAUCCAAUAAAUACGUUGUUCUAUUCGUAUAGUACAACUGACAUCA